CUCUUUCAUUGUUAGUUCUUAAUAUUCUCUUGAAUAUAUUUUAUACAGUAUAUAUUCACAGCAGCGUGUGAACGGGACUUUUAUUUUGGUGUGGUGGUGUGACGUCAUAAGACUGCGCUGCACUCCUGCAUCUGUUGUGAUUCGGCUGAAGAAAGGUCAGAGGGACCAAACACAGAAAAACUCCUGGUGAAGUGACUGAGAUCCAUGUGACACAUUAUUAUAAAGAUGGUGUUUAUUAAAGAGGAGAGUGAAGACAUGAAGAUUGACGAAGUAUUCAGUCUGAAACAAGAAGAAACAGAGGAACAAAUAGACCUGAUGGCACUGAAAGAGGAGAGUGAAGUACUGAAUGAAAUGGACGAGAAAGAUCAAUAUAACAAUCACUGUGAUUUUAUUACUGGAGAGAAAUCUCUUAUUUGCUUACAGACUAAAGAAACUUCAUCACAAAAAAAGGGGCAAAAGACAGGGACUAGAAGUAAUUUCGUCUGCCAACAAUGUGGAAAGAGUUUCAAAAAAGAAGGAAACUUAAAAUUCCACGUGAAAAAUCACACUGAGAAGCAUUACACAUGCCCUCAGUGUGGAAAGAGUUUCAAACAGAAAGGACACUUUGAAGACCACAUAAGAAUUCACACUGGAGAGAAGCCUUUCUCCUGCCAACUAUGUGGAAAAAGUUUCAACCAAAUAGGAAUCCUUAACAGGCACAGGAGAACUCACAAUGGAGAGAAGCCUUACACAUGCCUUCAGUGUGGAAAGAGUUUCAAUGAACAUGGAAAACUUGUAGUCCACAUGGGAGUUCACACUGGAGACAAGCCUUACACCUGCCAACAGUGUGAAAAGAGUUUCACUAAACAUGGAAGCCUUCUAGUCCAUAUGAGAGUUCACACUGGAGAGAAACCUUAUAUGUGCCAACAGUGUGGAAACAGAUUCACUUAUAAAGGAAGCUUUAAUAGGCACAUGAGAAUUCACAAUGGAGAGAAGCCUUUUCACCUGCCAACAGUGUGGAAAAUGAUUCAACCGAUAAAAGAAUAAAAGAAACCUUAAUGCCCACAUGACCAUUAAAGGAAGCCUUAAUAGGCACAUGAGAAUUCACAAUGAAAAAAAGUCUUACACCUGCCUUCAGUAUGGAAGGAGUUUCAAUCAGAAAAGACACUUUAAAGACCACUUGAUAAUUCACUGGCGAGAAGCCAUUUAUAUGUGGUCAGUGUAGAAACCUUAAAGUUCCACAUGAGUAUUCAUGUAUGAAAGAACUGUUUGUGGAGUCAGUUUCACAGACAUGAAUCAGGUUAGGAAUCAUAAUAACUCACAGCAGAGAGAAGCCUUUCAUGUGUCAUCACUGUGGAAAGAUUAUAAUAAAGAAUAAUAAUAAUAAUAAUAAUUAAGAAAACCUUGAGGUUCACAUAAGUUGUUUUUGGUUCUUCGCUUAAGGGUUAAAAAGGUUCAAAAUAUUUGAGCACCGGACUUAGCAAACAUCCCAAGUGGCAUUUAGAUGAAUAUGUAAAUAUGUGCUGCUAAGUUUUUCAAUAUUUGUGUAAGCAUCUGAUCAUAUCAAUGUGGAUUUUUACACCAGAUCUGCAAUUCAACACAACAGUCAAGCCAAGUUCUGUUUAUUUAUAAAGUAAUUUAUACAAUUUUUUUUUUUUUUUUAAAGCAAAUAGCUUUACAGUAUUAAACAGGAAAAAGUAUCUGUUUUAUCAAAGAAUUUGGAGCCCAAAAUAAACACCAACCUAUUAAUGGGCUGCUUUUUUUCUGAAAUGACAUGACACGAGUUUGUUCUUUGAUUCCUCUUGAAGUAUACAUUCCUGCAAACUAGUUGCAAAUUCUCUUUGCAAGGGUGAAAUUGCAAGCACAAUAAACCUCACAAGAAUUGAAAAGGGGCUACUUUCCCAUAGACUGAAGUGAGACCAUGGACGUCUCUCCAGGUGUGGCAGUCUUUCUUGGUACUCUGUGGUGUGACAGAUCACUGUAGAGGUUUAGUUUAUGCAGAACGCACAUGAACUGACAAUCUCUUCCGCUUUACUAGUUAUAACAUGAAAUAUAUAUGAAUGAACAUCUGAAGGUAUGUUGAAAGAAACAGUACAACUUACCGAAAUCCUCAUCAUGUUGCAUUUAAUUGAUCAGUCAGUGUUUCAAUUGCAGAAAGGUGCCAAUAAAACAGCUUGUUUUAACAAA